AAGGGCAAAGGGCCAAAACAAGAAGCCAAUCUUACCGUUUACGAAGUAAUAACUCGUACAUAUAGUAUCUGUGGAGGCCUUGUGCGAAAACUUCAGGACGAGCCAAAAUACCAUUAAAAUCAAAAGGUUAUCCUGUUCCAUCAGAUAAUUUAUGUUAUAUAUCUUUACGGGUUAUCUACCACUAGUGUACUACUAUGCAGCCAUCCUAAGAAAAUCUCAUUCACCAAAGGCUUACCGCUUCAGCAAAAAAUAUCAUGCUAUCAACCGGUAGGCAACCGGUUCGUAAGCUUUGGAAAAUUACGGACGAUCAAAAAACAAUCGACAGUUUUCCUUCAACGAAAAUCCAUGGCCACGCAGUGCACAAGCUAAAUCCGAGUCGGAAAGCCUCGGUUUCGGCUGGCGGCACGGCGGGGCAUAUCCGGCUUUUGGCGUGACAAGCGAGGGGAAAACCCAAAACAUCGACCGAAGACCGGCGGGCGGCACCGUGCGAAAGUGGAGCAAACACCGAAAACAAAUGAAAAUUUGGGCCUACGGCGACGACGGGAAAUUGUUCGCCAUUCGUCAAUCGACCGUUAGCCUUAUCGGUGCAAUCGAUCCGAGAACCAGUGCCUUUCCGGUGUCGGGCUUCCGACAGGUUAAAAAUGAAAGUGGUCCAAUUCAGCCUGCCCGAUAAUUUUGAACCGAAGGAGAAGCUUCAGAAGGCUAAAAAGAUGCCGCGUUGCCUAUGGGUUUCACCCGAUACACUGUUCGUGAUGUGUGAAAUCGCUUUGCGGAGGCUGCUGCUCCCGCCGGCGGUUCCUCGGCACAAGUUCUGGUCCACCGUUAUCUCCCUCCUGCCGAACGGGAUAGCCCGCAGCAGAGUCCGGCACCAGGUUGAGUUUCCGGGUGAUUUUAAUCUUCGCGAACAUGCAACCGUCAACUACGCCAACCACUGGAAGCUGCUGACGGCCACUAUUCAGCGCCAACACCCGAAGGCGUCAAACAUCCGUGUCGGUUCGCUGGUUCGGAAUCAAAUUACCCGGCUGCUGCUGGAGCUGGACCAAUGCAGCAGUAGUGGUAGCGACUGUCUGCAAACCUACCCAAGCUGCCAGCAGUCAACGGUACAGUGCGUACAGUUGCCCUUCCCGCAAAAAUUGUCCAGAGAGGCGGAACUGAGCGAUGAAUUCAUAGCCCAAACGGCACGAGCUAAUAUGCAAUCAAUGGCCGCAUCUGUUGGAAGAAAUAUCAGGGGAAUUUGGUGUCGCUACUGCACCUGUGAUCAGUAUCAUGGUGAGUUGCCUCCAUUCUACGUAGUUGAAAAGGACCUUGCGGUUCAACAGUUGAUGAUAAUGGGACAGGCAAAGUUCCGACAAACCGCACGCAGCAGCUGUCGCCAACAGUCUAGUGAUUUUGCCCCAUGCAGUUGCUGUCAGACAAAAAUGUAACCGACUCCUUUCACGAAUAUCACCCUCAUCCUUACCAGUUUCCAUCAGCGUGAGCCGGAUUCACUUCCAAAUGCAAUAAACUAAGUGGGACUUACCUGCACUACUAUUAUCACAGAAUCAUUUUGUAACGGACCGAAGAUGUCCUCGUUCAGGAUCGUCUGCAGUUCGUUGUACCGGUGUAUCAUGCGGAGGAUUUCACUGAUGUUGGCUGACCGCAGGGCGCCAUCGCCCAUCCCGAGCUGGGUGCCGUUUUGACCUGCAAAGCAAAAGUAAACGAUUCCCAAUAGAUUAGUGAGGGCUAGCAGCGGGAAGAGAGCGGGACAGAAGACAGAAAAACCAACCCACGAUGCUCCCGACUGGGCAAAGUUAUUAAUUGGAUGUGGGUAUCCUGUAUCCUGUAUCGGGUAUCCUAAAUUAAUUGUGGGUAUCCUGUAGCAGCACCAGCACCAGUGUCGUGGAGAUUUGGAAAUUAGUUUCACAUGAUGUAUAGUUUAGAAAGCAGUGAUUGGAUAGGCUAAAAUGUAUGACUUUAGAUUGAGAGCCUAAUAAAUCGGAAAGUUUUGGAAAUGAAACUUGUUAUUUCUAGUUGUUUUCAAAGAUAUUCGUGGUAAAUUUGAUAUCUGUUAGCUCAGCUGAAUUGAAGUUGUAGCCGUGAAUGAAAAUCUAAAACAGAUAAAAUCAAUAAAGCGAACGCUGUGUGAAAGACGGUGCGCCUGGUGCUAACGAGUUAUUAGUUAUUAUUUGACGCAAACGAGAUGUACGCAGACGCUUGUGUUUAACGUUUGCACAGUUGCUGAAAACUACGAAUACGGAACAU